CUGGUUCGUUUACGAAGGGUCCUGACAGGCCACGCCCACUGUAGGUUUAUAUCUGAACUGCAACUAUCCACAACACCGGUUAAACUCAAGCACGACAACAAUUUGUUUUUCGUGAACAUGAUGCGAAAUUUCUACGGGAAAUGUUCUGUAGUACGUUGCAGAGAGGAGCACUCAUCGUUACACCAGCCCCCAGCUUCAGGGAAUAUAAGAGCACAUUGGAUAGACUUCAUUUUUGACGGUAAUGUUCCAGCAAAAAUUAGCAAAAGACUGUAUGUGUGUGCUGGCCACUUUCCGUCGGAUAGUUUUACAAACCUCGGUCAGUUCAAACUUGGACUCGCAAAGAAGUUGUGUCUUAAAGAAGGAUCAGUACCAACCAUCCGAGUCCGAACUACAAAAAAGGAAAGUGCAAGCACAUCUGGAGACUUGUCGUGGGUUCACAAUGAGACGUCCCAGACAGAUGCUCUGAAAACGUGCACAGAUGGAUCGCAGCUUCAGUUAAAAACUCUGACACCUACAGGCACACAGAAAACAGUGUCCUGCAGAGAUGUUGGUGUUGGCACCUCUGCUGAGUCCGAACUUCUACCAGCCUCAGCGCCAAUAAAAAGGCUGUGGAAGAGAGCUCGUCUGGAGCUGGAUGAGGAAGUGGAGAACUCUGUGGAAGACAGCUCUUCUGCAGACCUUGAAGACCAACAUGAAUCCACAUGUGAUCCUGUGGACCCGCUAACUGAGCCAUCAGAUGUGAAACAGGAAUCUUCCAGCUCUUUCCAGAAGACACCAUCUUAUAUUGUGUCAGAAAACUGCUUGCUGGAGCUGUUUGAGGUGUGUCCUGUGUGUAGAUGUGUUUCUGAUGUGCGAACAAGAAGGUUGGGAGCGUUUCUUUCUGUAGAGCAGCAGUGUCAACACUGUCAAUUCUCCAGAAAAUGGAACAGCCAGCCGCUUGUAGAAAGCUCUCCUACCGACAGCCUCCAGCUCUCAGCUGCAGUCUAUGUCACCGCUUCCUCCUUCUUAAAACUCGAAAAGAUUUUCCAGACAAUGCAGCUGAACAUGUUUCAUACUGAAAGCUUUCAGAGGAACAGCCGGCUGUACUUAGAGCCUGAAAUUAUGCAAAGGUGGAAGACGGCUGAAGAUGGCAUGUUGGAGCAGCUCGGUCAACAGCAGAAUCCCAUCCUGGGAGGAGACUCGUGGGAUGUGCAGCAGCUGUUGGUGAUUAAAGAAGAGCCUCCAUGGAGCUCCAGUCUGGACCAGCAGGACCCAGAACCUCUCCAUAUUAAGGAAGAAGAGGAGGAGGAGGUUUUGACCAAUCAGGAGGGAGAGCAGCUUCAUGAACGAGAGGAGACUGAUGCCAACUUCUCAUUCACCGAUGCUGCUGUGAAGAGUGAAGAUGAAGACAAACCUGAGUCCUUCCAGCUUCAUCGAAUCAUAACUGAAGACAGCAGACAGACAGAACCUCCAACCAGCUGCUCAGAUAAACCCACAGACACUGAUGGAGAGGACUGUGGAGGACCAGAACCAAUCACAAACCUGGAUCCAGGUACUUUUUUAGAACCAAAUACUGAUGAAAAGGCUUCAAAGGUUUUUGAGAUGGAUGUCAGUAUUGAUGAUGAGGAUGAUGAUGAAGUUUGGCAGAAACCUUGGUCAGACUCUGAGCCUGAAGCUGAUGACGGGGAUAUCCGAUGGAAGGAGAGUGGGCCACCUGACUCUGAGUGUGGUGCUGAUGUUGGUUUAAAAGGAACGACACAGCACAGAGAUCUGAGUCCAUGUGGCACCGGACGGAAAGCUUUCAGCUGCGAUGUUUGUGCCAAAGCAUUCACACGACCCAUAGAUCUGAAAAGACACGUGAGUGUGCACACGAAUGAGAAACCAUUCCACUGCGCGGUUUGUGGUAAAAAAUUUAGACUAGAAAAGAUGCUUAAGACUCACAUGAGGAGUCACAUUAGCGAAAAACCCUUCGGUUGUGAUGUUUGUGGAAAGAAAUUUAUUUAUCAGUCUUGUCUCAACUCGCACAAGAAAAUCCACUCUAGUGAGAGACCUUUUGGUUGUGGCCUUUGUGGUGGAAGAUUUAACACAAAGACACAUUUUAAGAGACACUUGAGGGUCCACACAGGAGAAAAACCUUAUUCUUGUGAUGUCUGUGCGAAAAGGUUUAGUCUGGAGCAUCAUCUAAAAAGACACCUGAUGACCCACAGAGAUGAAAAACCGUUCGGUUGUGGGAUUUGUGGAAAAAGAUUUAGGCGACAGGACAGACUGAGGAGACACGUGAGGCUCCACUGACACCAGAAACUGCUCAGCUAAUAUAUGUUUGUAAGAACAACAGUUGGUAUUGUGUUGUGAAAUGGUGGACAUACUUCUGGAAGACAGCUUCCCUGUCACCUCCACGCUCUCACCCUGCUGCAUCCUCAUCUCCCUCCACAUCAGAGCAUACUGAGACCUCUUCUGCCUCCACCUCCAGCCUGUCUGUCUCCUGGUGAAGAGACUGAACCGGAACAAGGCUGCAGGUCCAGAUGGUGUCAGUUCCAGGGUUGUGAAAACCUGCUCAGAGCAACGAUGUUGGAUUCUUCAGCACCUUUUCAACACCAGCCUGAGUCAGAAGAGAGUUCAGAAGAGGUGGAGAAGGUGGAGGAAUACAAGUACGUCGAAGUUCAGCUGGACAACAGACUAGACUGGAAAAGACAGAAGAAUCUAGAAAGCAGAACAGACUCUGUUUCUUAAGGAAACUGAGAUCCCUUCAUGUCUGCGGUGCAGUCAGCUUUGCAGCAUCUGUUGGGGCAGCAGCAUCGGAGGCUGAACAAACUGAAGAAGAAGUUCUGCUUCUGUGCUGGGGAUAACUCUGGAGCCGAUUGUCCUUAGAAGAUGCCUACUAUAACGUUCCACUUUCCUUCUAGGAUAAAUAAAGUAUAUUUAACUUUGUUUCAUAUGAGCACCUGCUACACUGCUGGUAACUGAGGUCAUCAGCAGCUGGAGCAGCAGCUUUUCUUCUGGUUCAGAUUUUCUGAACGGGCCCAACUGUGUACAGGAGUGUUUGUCUGGAAUUACGUCCCUAAAUAAUAAAUCAGAGCAGAGUGGGAAAGAAAAAGGUAUAAAAAACAAACAAAAAAAACAUGAUUUUCAUACAUAAUGUGCAUGCCAGAGAUGAAAUGUGUGAACCCGAGCCUCUUUGGAUCAUGCUGUUUUUUGUGCUGGAUUUAUGGAGCCAUUUGAUUCCUUCAUUCUGACUGUGUUGGUCCAUCAUGUUUGUUGUUAUGACGUGCAUUCACAUCUUUCACAAUGAAAACCUGCUCCCAUCAGGGAGGUUCUGUCCAGUUUAAACCUGAGUUAAAAAAAUAAACCUGCAUCACAGAAAAUGUGUAAUUUGUCACUCAGUCGACUGAGUUCAAGAUCAUUAACUUGGUUCUUCAAUCCUUUUAAUACAAAUUAGAUUCUUUGAGCUGGUUUGUUGCCCCUCCAACAU